AUGGCCGAAAAGACGCAUAAUGUGGUGGUGUUUGGCGAUGGAGGAGUGGGAAAGAGUGCGUUGACAAUUCAGUUUGUGCAAAACACCUUUAUCACCGAUUACGACCCAACGCUGGAGGAUAGUUAUCGCAAACAGGUGGGUCGAUUUUUCAUUUCUUUGCACUGUGCAAUUGGAAAUUUUUCUGCACUGUGCGUCCAAAAUGAAUAAAACAGCACAGUGCACUGUGCAGUGGAAAAAUUGGACUUUCGCACAGUGCAAAAAAAUUGAAUUUUUAAAAUGCGUUGUCUGCACUGUGCGCCCAAAACGAAAAAAAAUUCCGCACAGUGCAGAAAACCAGACUUUUUGCACUGUGCAAUUGGAAAUUUUUCUGCACUGUGCGCCCAAGAAAAAAAGUAAGAAUCAAAAAAAUGAAUGUUACUUUCGAAAUGAGCACCCUCGAUUAUUCUAAUUUCGACAUUUUCAUCAAAAAAAGUAAUACUUUUCGAUUUCCCCAAUCGUCUUUUUCCCCAAUCGUUCCUUUCCCCAAUCGUCUUUUUCCCCAAUCGUCCCAGUUCCUAAAAAAACGAAAAAGUUUUUUUAGACUGCACAGUGCAAUAAAAUUCGCCAAAUUACCGCACUGUGCUAAAAAAUAUCGAACCUUUUUUCAAAAAAAAUAUAAAAUUUUUUUUCUUAUUUUCCGCACAGUUACUCACAAUUUUAGGUAGUUAUCGACGACAAAGUUUGUGUUUUGGACAUUUUGGAUACGGCUGGGCAGGAAGAAUAUGACGCAAUGCAUGAUCAUUACGCUCAUAAUGGCCACGGUUUUCUCUUGGUAUUCGCAUUGAACGAUUAUUCAUCGUUUAUGAACAUACGAAAAUUUAGAGAGAAGGUCCGAAGGGCCAAGGAUUCGGAUGAGGUAAGGAAAAUAUUUUUUUCUAUUUUUUGCGUCAAGUUUUGAUGAAAUUAGGGAGAAUCAAAUUUUUGAAGGCAUAUCCGAAACUUUUAGCUUGCAAUUUACCAAAAAUCUCGAUUUUUUUGCAAAGCACGAGCUAAAAAUUUCGUAAUAGCCUUAAAAAUCCAUUUUUAAUUUUUCCCAAUUAUCAUCAAAAUCUAUCACUACUUUUUCACCCAACCAAAGCUGCCUACUACAACAUAAAACCCGCUCUUUUUAGGUCCCAAUAGUCAUUGUCGGAAACAAGAGUGAUCUCCCCUAUCGCGCCGUGACGCCAUCGCAAAUCGAGGAGCUUUCGCAGGCCCUGAAUUGCGCCUACGUUGAGACGUCGGCCAAAACCCGACAAGGCGUUGAUGACGCCUUCUACGAAGUAGUGCGAGCAGUCCGAAAAUUCGACAAAAAGGAGAAGAAGCGGGCAAACGAGUACGAGAAAAUGUUCGGCCGACGGAAAAAGAAGUCCUGCACUAUAAUGUGA